AUGGCCAAGAGGAAAAUCACUUUGGCAGAGAUAGAAGCAUCUCGUGUAGAGAGCAACUUAUUGGUCUCGGAGUCCAAAAGAAGGAAGAAACGGGCAAUAGUAGAUGACUAUGAAGAUGAAGAAGAAGAAGUAGAAAAAGAAACUGAUGGAAGAGGAGGAGGUAGAGGUAGAGAAGAGGAAGAAGAAGAUAACGAGAAUGGAGAAGACGGAGAAUAUCAAGAUAGUCGAGAUAGAGGUUCGAUACUGAAUGAAGAUCAAGAUCUACAACAUGAUGUAAACCAAGUUGUUAAACUAAUUCUUCAACGAGAACUAAAAGGUCAAUUUUUCAAACGAGAGUUGAUUGCUCAAAACUUAACCAACAAACGAUUUAAAAGCGAUGUGCUACUUAGAGAGGCAACCAAAAUUCUUGAGAAUGUUUAUGGAAUGACCUUGGUUGAAGGUGCCGCUAGGAAAAAUAAACAAGAAGAUUUUGUGGGGAUAGGGGGAGGAGGUAUAAGCAGUGGGAGUAAACUACGUAAAUCCCAUGGAGCCAGGCGACCAUUGGUUUUGGUUUGUAAUUUACUGAAGGAAGCGAAAGAUGUUCUUGGUGAAUUGUGGUCAAUAGAAGUAUCUACCUCAUUAGAUAAGACAAAGUUGGGAGAUUGUAAAUUUUUCCUACCUAAAUAUAGCAAAGUUAAAGGAUUGCCUAGGUCCAACUAUGAUUUAAUCAAGACCGGAUUAACUAUGGUUAUUAUCACCUUUGUAGUACUUAACGAGAACCAUAUAUCGGAACAACAAUUAAUCACAAGUAUGAAGAAAUUUGGAAUUUCCGAUAAGGAGCAUGUGAGAAAUUCCAAUUAUGAUAUGAAUAUUCAAGAGCUAAUAAAAGAGUUGGAUGCGAAAGAAUACAUUGUGAAGAAGGAACUUGGUAUAACUCAAAAUGAUAGGUCAUCUGCAUCGGGAGGAGCAACAGCGUCAUUUGUUAGCAGUAGUAGUCAAACUAGUAAUAGUGAGAAAAUGUUUAGCUAUGCUUUAGGCCGAAGAUCACUUGUUGAAUUUACACCACAAAGUGUAUUUGAUUAUAUCAAGAUUGUGUAUGGCGACGCGUUUACGGAUGCUAUUGCUGAACUGACGAUUGUUACUAUUGAACGUGCAUAUGGGGUUGCAUUAGCACAGGAUGAGAAUAAUGGUUCCAGUCAAGUAGAUAGUCCUAGUGGUCGUAAUGGCGGCGAACGAGAACAAUCGAUGAAUAAUCAAUGA